AUGACCCGCUUCUUCUGCUGUGGAAACUACUUCCCCGGCUACCCUUGCUAUGGAACCAACUUCCACGGGACCUUCAGAGCCACCCCCCUGAACUGUGUGGUGCCUCUGGGCUCCCCCCUGAACUAUGGCUGCGGAUGCAACGGCUACAGGUCGCUGGGUUACAGCUUCGGGGGCAGCAACUUUGGCAGCCUGGGCUGCGGCUAUGGCGGUAGCUUUUACAGGCCGUGGGGCUCCGGCUCCGGCUUUGGCUACAGCACCUACUAA